AUGUCCGCAAUGAUUCGUCUCCUGUCUCUUUCGUUACCGCUUCUCUCCGUCGUCACGGCGGCAGUGAGCCCUCAGUCUGUCGGUUCGGAUCUGUCCAUCGUCACUCACAAUGACCUCUACGGCAACGAUACUACAAGAAAUGCAGCAGUUGUCGCGCUUCGCACCCAAUGCAGCUACUCGAGCGCUGCCUCACGAUGCGCUGCCCUUGGGACAUCACUUUGGAACCCAGACGGCUUGCAGCAGGACCUGGGCUUCCUGCGCUUCCUUGCCCAUGACAAGAACAGCGAUAAUGCUGGCACAUUCUGGGUUGGUGGCAACAGCACGGCGGCAUGUCGAGCAAUAAAUGUCGACGGCACGAUCACGAGCACUGCUUGUUCUAUCGCAUUGCCCGCACUGUGCUCCAACACAGUGAACGGUACUGCUUCCCAGGUAACUGUAACAACCAACAACGCGACUAUCACGGGCAUUCGACAAAGCAAAGCGUUCCGUUUCCUGGGCCUCAACUAUGCAACCAUACCUGCACGUUUCGCGCAAUCAGUCUACCUUCCGCCCGCACCCAACACAUCUGCGCUAGAGUAUGGCCCAACAUGCAUCCAGCUGAACUGCAAGACGUGCAGCGAGGACUGUCUGUCGCUAAACAUAUGGACACCAUACCUGCCCAACGGCAAAGUUGCCGCACACAAGAAGAAGGCAGUAAUGGUUUGGAUAUACGGUGGGGGCUUUACUAGUGGUGCUGCCAGUGAUACGACCUUCGAUGGAAGUGCUCUUGCGUCCCGAGGAGACGUCGUGGCGGUCACAAUCAACUACAGACUGGGCACGCUUGGAGCCCUCUCAGUAGAGAACACAACCGUGACGGGUAACCAAGGAAUCCGCGACCAGAGCACUGCCCUGGACUGGAUUCGCGCCCAUAUCGAAGACUUUGGAGGUGACAAGGACAGGAUCACUAUUUUCGGACAAAGCGCAGGCUCGGCAUCUGUGAGGGCGUUACUUGCUUCCCCACAAGCAAGCAAGAAGGUUGCAGGUGCCAUCAUGCAGAGCUCGCCGUUGCUUGCUACAGGCAGUGACACUGGAUAUGCAACAUACAAGCCCAUGUCAGCGUACGCCAACCAGACCAUGGCUAUUAUCAGCGAGUCAGGGUGUACCAAUGCGAGCGACGUGAUCGACUGCUUGAGGAAGAUCGACGCGUUGACGCUCUAUAGCCAGAAGACAUUUGUCAGAUUCCCCGUUGCCGAUGGCACCUUCCUCCCCAAUUCCGGCCUCUCCCUCUCCUCAACAGGCCCCAAGCUCUCCAUACCCAUCCUGGCCGGCCUGAUGCACGACGACGGCUCAAACUUCAUCACCUAUCCGACAUCACUCAAUCUCACCGCCGUCUACGCCGCGGCCAGUCUGCCAGUCUCCACUAUCAUCGACAAUCCAUCGGUCUUCCCAAUCCCGUACAACGCCCUUACCACGCAGAACUUGUUCAAUCUGACCUCGCGAGUGUCCACGGACCGCAUCUUCCUACUGCCCAUGUCGCAAGCCAAGAACAACGUCUUCAAGAAAAUAUACGCAUACGAAUUCGAUCGCGCAUACCAGAUUGCGGGAUACAGCCCUAACCCGCCUGCUUGCGAAGCCCCUGUCACUCCGGCGCACCCCUUUGGCGACCCGACAUUGCCCUUCUACAAGUGCCAUUCAGGCGAGUUGUAUGCCGUCUUUGGAACAACGAUUAGUCAGGGCGAGGUCCCGAGAGAUCAGAACGACAUCCCGUUCAGUCAGUACAUUGUCGAUUCGUGGAGUGCGUUCGCGCGCACGGGUGACCCGACGCCUGCCAAAGACUACUUGAGCGCGAGGGGCUUCACUAACACGACCAUGUUUGUAGCCAAAGCUGGGACCUGGGAUCCCGUUGGCGCUAGCAACGCGAAGCCGGUAAGAGUCUUGGACUUGAAUGUCAGGAAUGAAGCGUGGCGGGAGCUGCAGCAGUGCGAAACGCUGGGAACGGGAUUGGAGUACUAUGCCAACUAG